CGGCCGACGAAAAAUAACGGCGUCCAGUACGGUGUGAUCAACCGAACUCAACCCUGGCCAAUAGUAGAAUACCCGAUUGGUUAUCCCUGGUCCGCAUUUGCCGAUGGGCUUCCACAGUACAGACGGAGUACACGGAGCUAGAGGAAGUCGACAUGAUAGAUGCUGUUCCCCUGGCGUGGUGGAAGAAGCAAGUCGGAGCCCCCGCUCAGAGUAUAUGGGCAAUUGCCGUCAUUGGAAUGGCGCUCCUCUCUAUUUUUAAUUUUCAGCGUUCUUUGUGUGUGUGUAUGUGUGUGUCCCUAUUAAGACCCCCCAGCUCAAUAGGAAAACGAGAGACUCAAUCAUCUUUCGGAAUCAAGGAUGGCGCGCGUUGGCUUGCAUGGACCGCUCCAAGGCUCCCUCCACGGCGAACUACAGGUAGAAAUUCACCGACCACACAGAUGAGAAAUGGUGAACGCCCCAGAUAUCAUGGAGAGCUGAAAGAGAAGAGAAGGUAAAUGCAAUAAGACCCGCUCCGUUAGGAAGAAUGAAAGCUGGCAUUCGAUUUGCCCCAAGCCUGUGUAACAGUUUCUUUCCUGCUUGGUUUUGCC